CACUACGACACAGAUACUCCCUGACCCAUGCCGCGAACGAGCCUGCCUGAAUAUUCGUGAGAAUUGGCGCGACAGGACAAGGUCGACCCAUGGCAGGAGAUCGCCGGGCUCUGUGUCUGGUCGCCGGCGCGAUCCUCCUCUGCUCGUGCUUUGCUCGGGUGCUGUGCGGCGACGAGCAGGAGCAGCAGCAGGAGAUUCAGAGGCUCAGGUCCAAGGUCGCGUCGCUAGAGGACGAGGUCGGCUGGAGGAAGGAGGAGACCUCGCAGCUGGAGAGCGUCGUCAGGGAGAGGACGGCGCAGAUCGCGGCGUUGGUCGGCGGGCUAGAAGCUAUGCAGGUGAGGAAUGUGGCAGAUGAUGAAUCCGUGGUGAAGGCGAGCACCAACAGUGCGAUGAUCGAGAAGCAGAUUGAGAGGCUGGGCAGUGAUUUGGAAGACCAGGUUAAGAAAGGGGAGUUGUUGGAAACCCGGGCUAGCGAAGCAGAGAAAAGCCUGCUUGAGCUUGGUCAGAAGUUGGAUCGUGUUGAGAAGAUAAACGCUGAGCAGAGGAAGAAAAUUGAGGAGCUGGAACAAGAUCUUCAGCAUUCAAAAGAUAAACUGUCUGGGGUGCAAAGACAAGCAAAAUUGAAGGCUCAGGAGUUGGCAAAUGUUCAUGGCAUGUGGCUUCCGUAUUGGUUCGCAUCGCGCUCUGUACAUUGUCAGGAACUAGCAUCUGCCAAAUGGCAUCUCCAUGGGAAGCCUGUGCUUGAUGCUCUGUUGGAGAAGGUUGCUGAGACGUUGGCACAUGCACAAAGACUGGUGGAGCCACACUUGCAGGCAACAAAAAAUAAACUGGUGCCUGUCGCCAAAUUUCAUUUCAACUCACUGAAGAACAGCACUAAGCCGGUAGCUGCCAGGAUGGCCACAGCCUACAGAGCAUGCAAGGAUGCCAUCCAGCCAUGUAUGGUGAAGUCUCAAGAGUUUGCAGAUCACUACUGGCAGGAAUGCAGGAAGUUCUCCGAGCCACACGUCGCACGGAUCGCGGCAGCGUCUGAACCUCACCUUUCGGCUGUUGCGGCUGUUGAACCUUACACGAGGCCUGUCAAGUCUGUUUGGAGGCAGCUCGUUAUGGCGACGAGCUUCUACCAUAGUCAGGUUCAGAAAGGAAUCAGUGGCUUCCUGGAGGACAGUGAGCUGCUGGACCAACUUUCAGCUUAUAGACUUGCGUGGUGGAUGGCGUCCGCCAUGUUUGCGCUGCCGAUGUUGUACGCCUGCAAGAUCUUCUCGGCUACUGUCCGCAAAAAAAAUCAGGCGAGAGCCGACAGAGGUGGAGGCACAUCUUCGAGCCGCAAGCACGCGCGCAGGGUCGAGGAGUAGAGGGCACGGGGCGCUGUUACCCACGAGCUGUUUCUCCCCUGGUGAUGUAUGCUGAACGGCGGAAGCUUCCUUCGUGUAGAACUCUGAUCAGAAAUCGUAGACGCUACUGCAGCAGUGUAAAUUAUAGGCGCUAGGCAGGGGAUAGUUAUGAUUUAGCGGCUGAGCAUAUGCGCGUGUAUGUAGCUCCCAGUGAACUCUACGGUUCAUGCUGUUGUCUGUUGAUAUGUAUAUGUAUGUACACGGUGUAUAAAAUGGAGAUUAACCACAUGACACACGUGGUAAGCAAUGCAAAUUAUUCAUAAAAGUUAAGUA